AUGGCAUCUGAGCGGGCCACGAUCCCCUCGGACGUCUUUGUCAGCGACCUCUAUAAGCCUUCCGUCGACUACAAAGACGACGGGGGCUCGGAUCAAACCCCAGGCGACUCGGGCCCCUACCCCAAGAUCUCCACGACUCAGGAGCAGGAGGCCAUGGACAUCGAGUCCGAACCCCCUGCACCAGAUGACUCACCAGACUGGCGCUACCCCUUGCUACAACGCCUCGUCGACGGCACUCUGCCCUCAGACCAGGCUGAGGCACGACGUGUGGCUCGUCGCGCCAAGACUUUCCUCCUUCUCGGCAGAGAGAUGUACAAGCGCAGCCCCUCAGGCAUUCUCAUGCGCUGCAUCUCACGUCAGGAGGGAAUCAAGCUCCUGGAGGAUAUACACUCGGGGGCUUGUGGCCACCACGCCGCGCCUCGGACGCUAGUAGGAAACGCCUUCCGACAAGGUUUCUACUGGCCCACCACCGUGGCCAGUGCCACGGAGAUCGUGCGGACCUAUGAGGGAUGCCAGUUAUACGCUCAGUAG